AGUAUGAUCACGAAUUUCCUGUGUGGAACCGUCAGCUGACUGCCUGAGAGCUCGGAGUCCCUUCUGCCUGACAGCAUGGGGAUUCUGUCAUCGAUUUGACUCCUCAAGCGUCUUAGUGCUGAGUUUACAGUAAUAUUUCACUUGUCUCAGACAAGUUGUUUGUCUUUUAACGCCAUGCACGACGAGACCGAAACUGAUGAAAAACUUUCAUCAUGCAGUGCCUGGCGGCCGUCCUGGCGCCCAACUUCCCUUUCCCUCCUGAAGAGCACCGAGACUAAAAUCCUGGACCGGAUCCAAAAUGAUCUGUGGGCUCGUUUUGUCUCUCUGCCGACACAGGACAGAAUCUGGACUCUCACGGUUACUCAUAAACGUUGCAGAGAUGCUCCGAAAUCAUGCAUGCGGACUCCGCUAGUGAUGGUACAUGGUUUCGGCGGUGGUGUGGGUCUGUGGAUCAGGAACCUGGACCCUUUAUGUCAAUCGCGUCCAGUCUUCGCCUUUGAUCUGCUGGGAUUCGGACGUAGCUCUCGCCCUCGCUUCCCACUGGACCCUGCCCAGGCUGAGCAGCAGUCCGUCAGCUCUAUAGAAUACUGGAGGCAGGCAUUGGGCCUGGAAAAAAUGAUCCUAUUGGGCCACAGCUUAGGGGGUUACCUUGCAACAUCCUAUGCCAUACAGUAUCCUGAGAGAGUUCGUCACCUGAUCUUGGUGGAUCCCUGGGGUUUCGAGCCUGUGCCUCCAGAGGGGGUGGCAGGUUUGGGAUGCCCACGCUGGGUAGAGAUGAUCAUAGCCGUGGCGUCAUUCUUCAACCCUUUGGCUGUGGUCCGGGCCACUGGGCCAUGGGGUCCAAAGUUAAUCAGUAGAGUUCGACCAGACUUCAAGAAGAACUUCGAGGAGCUUUUUCAGGAUGAUACCAUUAUGGAAUACAUCUAUCACUGCAAUGCUCAGACUCCCAGUGGCGAGGUUGGGUUCAGAGCCAUGUCUGUCUCCUUGCUUUGGGCAAAGAGGCCCAUGCUGGACCGGGUUCACCUCUUACCCCCUGACCUCCCAGUGACCCUAGUGUACGGAGGCCAGUCAUGGAUGAACAGUGCAACUGGAGAGCGAGUAGCCCGGCUCAGGCCGAACAGCUCCACACAUACAGUGGUUGUUGAAGGAGCUCCUCAUCAUGUUUAUGCUGAUAAGCCUGAAGCUUUCAAUACUAUUGUGCAGAGCAUCUGUGACACUGUGGAUUAAAGUGUGUGUGUGUAUGCGUGCGUGUGUGUGUGUGUGUGUGUGCUUGUAAAGUUUAUUGCUUUAAUGAUCAAUGUCACAUUUCCCUGUUUAAAUAAAUAUUCGUCACAUGAA